AUGGCCAUCAUCAUCAUCAAUAACCAGACCCAACCGUCGUCUCUGUCUUUGUCUGUGUCUCCAGGACCGCAACAGGAACAAGACAACCACAAAACCUCGACGCCCGUCGCCAUUGACAUCGACCCAGGUGGACCUGAUCCUUCUCCUUCUACAACCACCACAACCACCAUCACAAUAGGGCAAGUCGAGGCUGAGUUCGAGGUCGAGGUUCAGGACGUGCUGGCCACGAUCCGCGCCAACCUCGCCCUCGUUGAGCGUACCUGGGGCCGCGAGAGUCGGCAGCACCGCGACGCGAGGGCCCUCAUGCUGGCCUAUCUCGAGGAGAAUGUGCUCCGCCACAGGCACCGACACCACCAGCGGGAGAGGCACCCGCACAGGCACGAGGCGGUUGGUGGGCAGGGAGAGGGGGAGGGAGAGGGAGUUGCGGAUGUGGACAUGACAAUGGACACAGGCACGAGAACGGGAUCGGAUAUGGCUAUGGCCAUGGAUAUGGAUAGGGAUAUGGACACGAAGAGGAAAAGGGAACUGGAACUAGAGCUGGAUAGAGGCAUCGAAGAGGUGUUGGCCGAGUUGAGGUUGUCGUGA